UACAGAUAUUACGCGGUAAACUAAAAUAAAAACCGCUUUACAAUUCGGCCCGUUUUGCAUCAAAGAUGGGCAGAUCAAAGUGCGUGUCUUUAUGACUUAGAUCAUACUCAUGGUGUUAGUGUUUACUGAGACAAUCAUCAUCAGACCAGAGAGCGCAAGAUGCUAUGGAAACUAAAAACCCGGCCUUAGCAUCCAUUUGAAAUAAAAAUUGCUGUAAUUACUUUCAUAUAUGAUGCAUAUUUAAUCGCGGAACAAGAUAUGUGGUCAAAAGAAUCAAAACAACUUAAUGGGGAAGACAUCAUUUCUAAACAAUAUCCACUAAAGACACAGGCGAGUGAUCGACACAAACGACAGAGAGAAAAUUUCGUUUUCAAUGUUUACACUUCGAUGAUUCUCAACGUGACUUUUAACAAGCUCUUUGACGGCAAAUGGUAUUUCAAUGAGCUUAACUCGCUUGAGAUUGUUGUAGUAUAGAACCGGGCGAUGCGCAGCGACCGGAGAUAGAUAGAUAGAUAGAUAGACAGAUAUAUAAAUUUAUUUUUCAAUUCGAAUGUACAAUGAGCCAGCGACUCGUACUAAAUAUAUUCGAUCCACUUGGCGAACAGGAUAUUUCCUUUCUUUGAACUGCUACAACCGUUACGAACCUGUCAAUCCGUGACAAAAAUAAAAUAUCUUACGGAAGCUUGCAAGAAUAAAUAGAGGUCUUCCCAAUUAUGUAACAGCAGUCUGCUUUGUCCCAGAAACUCUCUCUGAUCAAACGUCAACCUGUGUUCUCCAAGGAAACAAGACUCUCGCUUGGAAAAGAAACAUGGCGGGGAAUGGGUCUUACAUAUAUCAGACGGAUCUGGCAAGUUUUGAACGUUACUUCCUCGGUACCAUUAACGUAUUUUUUAGCCUGUGUGGUAUCUUAGGCAACGUGCUUGUCGUCGUUGUAAUAGCACGCAAACGGCAACUACACACCGUCUCUAACACGUUCAUAACGAGUUUAGCAGCGGCAGAUCUCCUCGUUUGUGUCGUUUCGCAGCUCAUGUACGUAGUUUUCCUGUAUGGUUUGCCACCUAAUACAGUAUACGGCAACACACGGAAGGUGUUUUCAUUUGUCUCCGUUCUGGCAUCAAUUAGCAACUUGGCUGCCGUGACGAUCGAUCGCUACAUAGCCAUCGUUAACCCGAUGCAGUACCAGCUCAGAGCCAAUUUCAAGAGCGCCUCUCUCCUCCUCUGCGCCAUUUGGGUCGUGUCUUUGGCACUGGGAAUACCGAGUGGUUUCGUACGAUCUAUUCAACAUAUCACAGUGUACUAUAUAAUCGCACUCUUGUUCGUCAUAGUUCCGAUCUAUGUGCGAAUUUAUUCAAUCGCUCGAAAUCAAGCAAGGCUUAUCACUAAGCAAGCGAAACAUAUCAAGAAAGACUCAAAAAACAAGCAUGAAAAGGAGAAUAUAGCUGCAAAAACUAUUGGGUACGUCCUAGCCGUCUUUAUCAUUUGCUGGUUUCCUUUGCUCAUAACUCCGAUGAUCUUUCGUCACAGUGAGAACAGCCGCAUUGUCAGAAAGGCCUUGAAAUGGGCUCAGACUCUCGCUUUAUGCUCGUCGGCCUUGAACCCUGUUAUUUAUAGCCUGAAAACGCAGAUUUUCAGAAAGGAAAUGAGAAAAGUUUUCAGAAUCGCUUUUAAACGACAUUCUUGGGAAGACAAAGAGACGACGUAUGUCUAAAAACUCGCCUUUCUUGCCAGAAAGCUCGAGAACUUUGUAUGUAUAACUAUGAUUUCUCCCCACAAUUUAAUUAGGAUACAUUAUUUUGUAUAAUUUACCCUUGUUGGUAUGGAAGAUAUUCAGAAUGGGAAAGCGUAUAAUGUGGAACAGAAUGAUUACAAAAAACGCUUUAAUCGAUGUGCAAAUAUUCCAAUUUAUUGGCCUUUCAAGUCGCGCUCGAUGUACCAGAUGUAAUAACUUAUUGCAUUAUAAGAAAACUCCAUUCUGAACUAGUGAUGCAACAAUAAGAUUUCGCCAAAAAAUUCUAUCGAUUUAUAUGCAUGUAAGAUUGUACAUAAUGUAUAAUUUAGUCGUUGGUGAAAACGGAAAUUCAUGCGCAGCCGAAUGAUAGCAAACUUACUCGCUCCGACGUCAAUCGUAAAAUCAUUGAGUUAUCAUCAUUCAACGAUGUUUGUGUAGAUAUAGUCCACUCUUAUUUCUUUCGCGUUACGCUAUUCAAAAGACUCCGAAAAUUAAAAAAUAAACACUCGUUAUAAAGACUUUUUAAGAGUAUGCGUUUACAACAAUAUAAGGCUAUGUAGCUUUUAAUUAUGGUACGUGUACCUCCUCUGUAAUUUCUUUUCGUUUCGAGAUCAGUUUAAGUGGCUCUCCUUUUAAUUGAAUCACUUGAGAGGCUGUUGCUUAAAGUCACGUUAAGAAUAAUCGAAGUGUAAACAUUCAAA